CCGCCGCCCCGGAUCCGGUUUGCCCUCUGUACUGCACGGGAGGGGGAAGACAGGGAGACGGAGACGGAGACGGUUCGGCUCUCGUGCACGCAGAGACCAAACCGCGGAGGCCUUUGGACCGGAUCCACUUCUUUUCCUUCCGCAAAUCACUUUAAUUCGAACUCCAGCGCCGUUUCUCGGUUCCGGUGAAGGAAAAAGUCGGUGCGCUCGCGCCGUGUCAGGACUGUCACGCGCCGGGACGGGAAACUUUACCUCUUUACUCCUUAAAUUUCAGCUGCACCUUUCUGCUGUCACCUUCAUGCUCGGACUGUCUUCUCCUGCUUCUUCUUCUUAUUCUCAUGUUGGUAAACAAAACACAUCUGAGAAGUGAGUGUGUGAGUGUGUGAGAGUGUGUUUGGUGUGUAAACUGUGAUGGCGCGGCUCCGUUAACGGACCGUCUGCAGCGGACAUUGCAACAGUUACGAACAAACCCGAACGCACGCAGAUACUUUAGAAGUGUGACUUGGUGUUCGCGCGCGUGAGUUGGACUGUUAUGGAAGCUCGGUUCGGUUUAGGAGGAGGUUUUGAUCCUCUGUUCCGAACGCUCCGUCCGCAUGACGCGCGAGAUGUCGGAGCGGCGGGAGAAGUUGUACCGCUGGCGGAGAUCUGGGACGGAGAGUGGAGAGACGCGCGCGGGAUUAGCAGCACCGGCGGAGGAGGAGGAAGAGGAGGAGGAGGAGGAGGAGGAACAACAGCGCGCUCUGUUACGGCGGCGCUCGCGCGGGACGUUAGAGAGACCUCGAGUUGCACGGAGGCCCGCGCCGCCACCACGCUGAGCGAGCUGCUCUGCCCGGACACCGAGUACAACAGCAGCGACCGUCACAACGCCGCUCUGAGAGCACGCGGCAGCGCGUACGAGCUGACAGCCGGCGGUGGUGACACGAGCGCCGUCCCGAGCUGCUGCUGCUCUUCCGGUAGCACCAGCACGACUACCACUACCACGACCAUCUCGGAGACGGCGCGCGAGCUGUGCAAAGCCGUGUCCGUGUCGCUGGGGCUGGCCAUGGACCCGCACGCGCACCAGGACGGGAACAGGAGCUCGGACUUUUUCGAAGUGCGCCGGAGGAAGGAGGAGGAAGAGCUGCACGCGACAAGCGACGACAGGAGCAGAAGGAGCAGCAUCAACGGCGCGAGCGCAGUUGGAGGUGAAGGUGGCGCCGCAGCGGGACGUGAGGGAAGCGCGCCGCACGUGCACGGCGACAACAACAACAACAGGCUGCUCGAGAUGUUCAAAAGCGGGGGCGAGGAGGAUAUGAUGAUGAUGACGAUACAGAUGGACCAAGCUCGCGCGCAGCACCAUACGGCAGUCAUAACGGAAGAUUCGGGGUUCGGACCGGGCGUCACGAGCCUGAUGAGUUCCAAAAGCGCGAGCGCGAGCGCGGCGGCGGGUUCGUCGUCUUCCUCUUCGUCCUGCCAGUAUCAACAACAACAACAACGAGAACAACACGACGCGCAGGUAAACUUCGAGCUCGCGCCGCCCGUGCACGACAGGUACGGUGACGAUUACUACUACUACUGGCCGAGCUACAGCAACGUGCGCGUGAAGUCCGAGGCUAUGCCGCCGCCGCCGUUGACUCGCUACUGUCACGGCGCUGCGCAGUACGGGAAUCCCGCGUGCACCUCUUCCUCCGCGGGACUGGACGCACCGCUCAUCUGCAGCCCGUACGAGUACGACUACGGCGCGCGGUCCGGACCGGGACCGGCUCUCAGCGCCGCGCACGAGCCAUGGUACCACCACCAGAGCGGCGCCGUGUUACCCCGCGUGUCCUACCCAACUGCCACGUGCAUGAAGAACGAAGACGGGGAAUGGCUGGAUGUGAGCACGAUGCAGGACGGGAGGUUGGAGAGCGCGAGGGAGGUGUUCCCCAUGGAGUUUUUCUUCCCUCCGCAGCGCACCUGCCUGAUCUGCUCUGAUGAAGCUUCCGGUUGCCAUUACGGCGCUCUGACCUGCGGCAGCUGCAAAGUGUUUUUCAAAAGAGCGGCUGAAGGGAAGCAGAAGUAUCUGUGUGCGAGCAGGAACGACUGCACCAUCGAUAAGCUGAGGAGGAAGAACUGUCCCUCAUGUCGUCUGAAGAAGUGCUUUGAGGCAGGAAUGACUCUCGGAGCUCGUAAACUGAAGAAGAUCGGUCAGCAGAAGGUUCCUGAAGAGGAGAGCCUGGCCUCAUGCAUGCCGUCCGGUUCUGGUACGGCCGAGCUGAUCCGGAAUCCAUCACCCAAAACGAGUCUGACGUUCCACUCACAGCUGGUCUUCCUCAGUGUCCUGGAGUCCAUUGAGCCUGAAGUGGUGAACGCCGGGCAUGACCACGCGCAGCCCGACUCCGCUGCAGCUCUCCUGACCAGCCUUAACGAGCUUGGAGAGAGGCAACUCGUUAAGGUGGUCAAAUGGGCCAAAGGACUGCCAGGAUUCCGUAACCUGCACGUGGACGAUCAGAUGACGAUGAUCCAGCACGCCUGGAUGGCCGUGAUGGUCUUCGCUCUCGGAUGGAGAUCGUACAAAAACGUCAACGCUCGCAUGCUCUACUUCGCUCCUGACCUGGUCUUCAAUGAUCGGAGGAUGCACAUCUCCAGUAUGUAUGAACACUGUAUGCAGAUGAAGCACUUGUCGCAGGAGUUCGUUUUGCUGCAGGUCACACAGGAGGAGUUUCUCUGCAUGAAGGCCCUCCUCCUCUUCAGCAUCAUUCCUGUGGAGGGACUGAAGAGUCAGAAGUACUUUGAUGAGUUGAGGUUGUCGUACAUCAACGAACUCGAUCGUCUGAUUAAUUACGGCAGGAAGAGUAACUGUGCACAGCGCUUCUACCAACUGACUAGACUGAUGGAUUCACUGCAGCCGAUUAUCCGGAAGCUUCACCAGUUCACCUUUGACCUUUUCGUUCAGGCUCAGUCUCUGCCCACGAAGGUCAGCUUCCCGGAGAUGAUCGCUGAAAUCAUCUCAGUGCAGGUACCAAAGAUCCUUGCCGGCCUGGCCAAGCCCAUCCUGUUCCACAAGACUGUGACUCCGCCCUCUCCAGCACCCAGGCUGGCCACGCCCACUCAGCCAGACCUGGCCUGAUCCGAUCUGUUCCAGUCUGAACCGGUUUCUCCAGCUUCAUGUUUUUUUUUGUUGUUGUUGUUAAGUUCCAGCAUGGAGACUUAAACAUCUUCAUUUUUACUCUCUCUCUCUCUCUCUCUCCCUCUCUCUCUCUCUCUAUCUCUGUCUCUCUCUGUCUCUGUCCUUUCUUCUUUCUUCUUCAGAAAGUGUCUGUAAAAUCUGUGGAGGACCAUUACAUCAUUACGCCGGUCUAUCUUCUGCUCAAAGAUAAUUUCAGAUCAUUUUCUCACGCCGGCGGUGUUGUGUCUUUCUCUCUCGCUCACUCACUCACUCUCUCCCUGUCUUUCUCUAUCUCUUUCUCUCUCUCUCUCUCUCUCUCUCUUUCUCUCUCUCUCUCGAUCUUUUUCCUCCAGCAUUUAUUCCUGAAGAGUCUGAAGAGCUACGCUGUGUUACCUGAUGGACAGGUUUAUAAAAAAAAGAAAAAAAAAAAGAAGAAGAAGAAGAAGAGGAGAAAAAAGCCUUGUAGUUUGAUCUGAGCCCUGAAAAAGACAAAGUGUGCACUAGAAAGUUUCCCUGAGAAAAGCACUGGUCUGUUUACUUCACAUACGACUCUAUGCAUUUGGGGGAAAAAAAUAAAAUAAAUAAACAUUAA